CACACCCGACAAACCCCCGCGCACAGUGCGUGGCUGUAGGCUGUAGGCUGUAGCACUUUGUUUCGCUAUAGUGAGCAAGUUGUUUGGAAGGAAAGGGACUAGUGGAGGAGCGCGCGCGCGAGAGAGAGACACACACACACAGAGAGAGAGAGAGACAGAGGAAGGGAGGGGGCGAGCUAGCAAAGGACAGAAGAGAGAAAGAAAGAGAGAGAGGGAAAGAGAAACAUCUCGUAAUGUCUCUCUUCUUGUUCUCCAUUUAGUGAACUAGCGGCGUUUCGCAGAUAAUGUCCGAGAAUGUCCAUUUCUGGGACUUUGAGCAACUAUUACGUGGACUCCAUCAUAAGUCACGAGAGCGAUGAACUCUCAACCCCGGCUCGCUUUCCCAGCGUCCAGUAUUCCAGCUCGAGCUCCGCCGCAGCCGCAGGCGGGAGGCAGCCCGGCGGCGCGGAGCAUCCCCUUCCCGAGUCGUACCCAUCAUGCAGCUUCCAACCGAAGCCUCCGGUCUUCUCGUCGUCCUGGAGCCCGUUCAGUCCACACCACGGUGCCAGUGGCCUCCCUACUGUCUACCACCCUUACAUCCCAGCCCAGCACGUGCCCGCCGCGGACACACGGUACCUACGCUCAUGGCUGGACUGUGCACCGCGCGGCUCCGAAUCUGUCCUGGGGCAGAGCCAGACGGGGCAGGUCAAGCUGGAGCCUCAGCUCGGCCAUCUCGGCGGAGAGAUCCCACCCAAAAUCGGCGGACAGCACCAGCUCGAGACCACCACGUACAUUUUGGAGUCGACGUCCACGGCGGCGCGCGAGCUAAGCCACCAUCAGGCCGCCAUCCCGAGAGCAGGGUUCGAAGAAAAUAAGGACAUUUGUGAAGUGAGUGAGGACAAAGACGGCCUGGAUCAAAAUGACCCCUCGGCCAACUGGCUACAUGCGCGCUCCUCCAGGAAGAAGCGGUGCCCGUACACCAAAUACCAGACCCUCGAGCUAGAGAAGGAGUUCCUGUUCAACAUGUACCUCACACGGGACCGGCGGCAUGAGGUGGCGCGCGCGCUCAACCUGACGGAGCGACAGGUGAAGAUCUGGUUCCAGAACCGGAGGAUGAAAAUGAAGAAACAGAGCAAGGAUCAACCCAAGGACUAGCGGGAAUCUCACUCGCGGACGCACAUACACAUCCAGACACACAUGCACGCACGCUCAUACCAUGUAUCCAAUUUAAAGUCCCAUAGUUCUUAUGUCUCGAACACAAAAUGGCCUUCCCAACAACUGAAAACAUACACACACACACACACACACACACACACACACACACACACACACACACACACACACCUGCUAUUUCCAAUUUGUUUUAAUUUCCAGGCACUACCACGUAAUCUUCAGUCCUACACCAAUCUAUACAACUGAUCAAUGGCUGUAUUGAUCACUAACAGACUCUGAGGACGCCGCCAUGUUAACACUGAAGUCUUAAGAAGCUCGGAAACGCUACGUCUGGUGUUAGAAGGAGGCAACUUUUGAACUUUGGAAUCAUUUAAGUUUGCAGUCAUGGAGGAUGAAAAAACUUACACACCAACACCUUUAAAUGGGUCGGACUCCAUGUAAAACUGCAGAUCGGACUGUUUGUUUGAUUAACUGAUAGCUCAUGUUUGUCCGACGUCUUCAUAGUUGUAUACGCUAUUAUUUAGGCUUUGAUAUUAGGCUGCAUUAUGGAAGCGAAGAAAGCAGCAAACCGAAUGGUGAUGCUACAACAGAUUGAGCGAGGGAUGUUUUAUUUUUUCUCAAGCACUACUCUUCCUUUUAUUACUAGUUAUUUAUUGUUCCGUCGCUGACAUCGGAGGCGCGCGGAGGUGCUGAAACCGAGGUUUCACAUGACCAAUAAACAUGGAGGGAGUGGGAUGAAGACACACACACACACACACACACACACACACACACACACACACACACACACACACACACACACACACACUCACUCACUCACAGGUUCAUCCUUCUUUUUCUUCUCCUUUUUUCUUGUUUCUCUCGUUGCUGGCAGAAUUUGAUUAGAAAGCGCCUGAUGCUCGGCGUUGAUACAAGCAGCAAGCCGCCGUUUGUUUCCCGGUUGUCGACCUAAGUAAUGAGCAGAUACCGGAGGGGGAGGAGAAGUAAUGGGGUGCCGGGGGUGUUAACCCGACUCAGCAACCGGGGAUCCGCUAAGGCUGCUGUCGAUAUCGUUGAUCUCCACCCUUCAGCUUGCUCUCCGGAUGCUUUAUGCGCUGCGGCUCAUCUGAGGCCUUUAAUGACUGUCGAUAGUCGUCCCCUCCGCUUCAUGGGCCUGGAGUUAGCGGAGUUGAGCUGAGAGGAGAGUGCAGCACAAAGCACCAGAUAGUUUUAAUCAGAUCCGUCCUUAUUUAAAUUAGGCCACAAGCAUCAGGAAACGAAUUCUGUGCCUAUAUGCUUUCACACCACGCACUCUCAAACAGCAUUAAACACAGGUGACGCAGGCGCUUCUUGAUUAGACCGGCCAGUACAAAGCAUCUAUGGCUCCUAAUUCUCUUAGUUUACCUGCUAUUUGCAGUGAAGGUGUAACCAUACUAAUUUCAGAUUCUAAUUCGCAAAGUCAUAUGCAUAUGUACAUGAAGCACUGGUCAACAAUCUGACUUCUCCUCAGUCACUAUCCUUAAAUCUUCAUUCAACAUGGUUCUGGCAUUGCAUCUUAAAAAAUAAUCAGCUCUAUUUUUAUACAUACAGUAAGUAUAUUGUGUAUUGUGCUAUGCAAGGCGGGUUUCUCUCUCGUUACAGAAAAAAUACGGAUAGUGUGCGGAACGGCGGUUUGCAAACGCAAAUAGGACUGAAGAAAGAGCGAAAUACCCCGAUGGCUACUUACAAUUUAUAAAUAGCCUUUUUUUUCUUUUUCUCUUGAAAUAUUCCUAGAGGUUCUAUAACAAGUUUAUAUAAAAAGACAUAACAGAACACUUGAGAUUUAUUCCCGCGCGGAAUUAUUUAGCAAUAGUGUAGAUUUACAUUUAACAGCUCGGGGUAUUAUGUAUAUCAGGUCAGACUUCGGUUUAUGCAGACUUUUUAUUGAUCUGAAAGUUAAAAUAUGAAGAGGCCAUGUCGGAAGGCUGGCCAGUUACGACGUUAUUUGAAGUGUCGACGUAGUUAAAUGGCGUCCGAUGGCAGUUUUAUGGACGGAUCAUAAACAACACAUUGGUUUUACAACGGUGUGUGUGUGUGUGUGUGUGUGUGUGUGUGUGUGUGUGUGUGUGUGUGUGUGUGUGUGUGUAUGUGUGUGUAUGUGUGUGAGUGUUGUAGCCUAUUGCAGACCACAAAGGCUGAUUUUGCUUCACCAUUGUAACCAUUUGACACACACAUAGUUUACGCACAGUUGCGCGGAUAUUGCCUCCAGUUUAGUUUAUGUUAUUUGUCAUUUGUAGUUUACACGCAGCAAUGGACGGGUCUACAAAGAACCUUUUUUUGCCAAGUCUUCAACAGAGAAGCGCUACAAUUUCUCUUUAAGCAUCAAAUCUCUAUUUACGAGUAAAAAUGUUUACAUGGUUUGCGCAUGCCUCAAGUCACUUGUCAUUUGAAGACGUUAUUUCGUCGUUUAGCUCUUUGUGUGUUACAUCUCUGUCGGAGGGGAAUGCUUCCUGAAAAAUUAAAACAGACUUAAUAGAAGUUUCUUGACAGGACAUAUUUCUAAUUUAUUGUAUAUAAAGUGAGUAACCUCGUCUUUCGUAUUGGAAUGAGUUAAAUAUGCUGAAUAUUGUUUUGUCUUACUGGGAUAUGACAUCUUACUGUAAUAUAGACGAUUUCUUUCUUUUUGUCUGUCAUGUUUAGAUUCUGUUUUCCAUGUUGUUGUGCCGACUGUCUCAAUGAUCUGUUCUGAUGUCAGUCCGAUGAGCUCUUUGUGUCUAUUUGUUUCAUGGUGAACAGUAAUGAGUUGGACUCUGCCGCUAAGUAUUGGGACACAGAGGACGGAAAUGUUUGAUUAAAAUGAAGCAAAGCGUCUAUAUACAUUAUACUUCUUAUUUGAAAUACCUGACUCUGUUACUUUCCGCCAUUGCUAUGACUUAGUCCCGCUUCCUGUCCCAGUAUGUAGCCUAUUCUCCUGACUGGAGGAACAAAGUUUCUGGAGUUUAAUGUUCCCCUUGCGUUUUUUUUUUUUUUUAAUCUUGGUAAAUCUAAGCCAUGUGGCCACAGUAAAGAUAUUAUUAACGAGCAGGCAAACUCCAGUGACUCUGAUCCUCUCCUCUCUGUGAAAUGUUCCAGUCCUUCUUGUAUGUUUUCCUCUCUUCUAUGUGUUGUUGUCUUUUCUGUGCGAUGGCACUGCUGAUGCUGGAUUCCUAUUAAAGAAGAGACUUUACAGUA